CAAUUCUUCCAUUAGUAAGAGUAUGUUGAAUGUCCCCUGUUUUCAUCUUCUUCCUCACAAGAACUCCCCUGUUUUCCAGUUCCUCUGUUUUCUUCUGUUUGUUGUUUGAACUUUGAAAUGGGGAAGAGAAGAAUAAUGGAGAUUUUGAUAAUCGGGUUUAUGAUGGGAUUUGGAAAUGGGGAAAGAGAUUGCGAUUUGUAUAAUGGGAAAUGGGAAUUGGAUUAUUCAUAUCCACUGUAUAAUUCAUCGGAAUGUCCAUUCAUAAGGAAGGAAUAUGAUUGUAUCAAAUAUGGCCGUCCAGAUCGCCUUUAUCUUCACUUCCGAUGGCAGCCUUUUCACUGUGAUGUCCCCAGAUUUAACGGAGAAGAUUUGGUAGAGAGAUUUAGGAAGAAGAAGAUAAUGUUUAUUGGAGACUCAAUAAGCAUAAACCAAUGGGAAUCACUUAUAUGUUUGCUUCAUGCUGCACUUCCUAAUUCCACCAUUGUUCAACAAGCCAAUGACACCAUUCGCACUAUCAAAUUCCAGGAAUAUGGAACUUCAUUGAUGCUAUUUCUAAGUCAUUACUUGGUGGAUAUUGAAGAAGAAGAAGACAUGGGAAGAGUUUUGAAGCUUGAUUCAAUGAAAAAUGGAGAUAUAUGGAAGGAAAUGGAUGUUUUGAUCUUCAAUACUUGGCUUUGGUGGUACCGCAAAGGACCUACUCAACCAUGGGAUUACAUUCAAAUUGGCAAUGAAAGAGUGAAGGACAUGGAUAGAAUGGAAGCUUUUAGGCAUGGAUUAAGAACAUGGGCAAAUUGGGUUGAUUCAGAAGUUGAUACAAACAAAACUAGAGUCUUCUUUCAAGGAAUUUCUCCAUCUCAUUACAAUGGCAAUGAGUGGAAUGAACCAGGAGUAAGAAAUUGCUCAAAAGAAACAAUCCCAAUAAAUGGGUCAACAUACCCAGGUGGUUUGCCAGCAGCAUCACUAACACUCCAACAAGUAUUGAGUGAAAUUUCAAAGCCAGUUCAUUUACUUAACAUAACAACUCUUUCUCAACUUAGAAAAGAUGCACAUCCAAGCUCUUACAAUGGCUUCAAGGGAAUGGAUUGCACACAUUGGUGCAUUGCUGGCCUUCCUGAUACUUGGAAUCAACUUCUCUAUGCAGCUCUCAUUUCCAACACACACAUAUAUACAAAUUAAAAAUUGUGUGUGAUACUAUUAUUGAUUUCUCAAAAAAUAAAAUCGUUAUACAGGACGUUAUUAGUCAUUGGUUCUUUAUCGAUUCAAAACUUUUUAAUGGAAUAAGGUUAUUAUACAUUAUAGUUUUUCUUUCUUGGUAAUCUUAAAUGUGAUUUCGG